CACUCUCUGAACUUUUAAUUUUUAUUUUUUAUUUCUGACCUCUUCGUCAACGCUCUCACCUUAAAACGUUACCCAUUUUCCUCCUUCGCUCAUCUCCCUACUCUCUCUCUUUCUCUAUCUACAAUGGAGACGAUAACCAGAAACAGUAAAAGUUGCUGCAGGCUAAUACUUACUAUGACUUUGUCUUGGAAACGCAGAGUGCGACCAAGGUGAGGUGGCGUGGAAGAACUGGAGAAUGGGGGUUCGCAUAACCAUGGCUGACACUCUGUUCAUCGGCUUCCUCAUCCUCCUUUUGGUCAGAGUUUCUUCUGCUUUGCCAUUGUGUACUGAUUCCAGGGCUCCCCUUACUUCAAAGGCUUCACUCUCCUUCUGCCCUUACAAUGGCACCAUAUGCUGCAACACGAAGCAUGACUCUGAUUUGCAGAAGCAAUUUGAAAGCAUGAAUGUCUCUGACCCCAGCUGUGCUUCCCUCCUCAAACAAAUUCUCUGCGCGAAAUGCGAUCAGUUCUCUGCAGAGUUAUUUGAUAUCAAAUCAGGGGCACGACCAAUACCUGUUCUGUGCAACUCAACUGUCUUAAUGAACUCAUCCCAGUCAAAUGAGGCAGCUCAAAACUAUUGUUCAAAGCUAUGGAGGACAUGUGAGAAUAUAUCUGUGUGGAAUUCACCAUUUGCACCUUCAUUGCAAGGCCCUCGAGCUACAGUUAAUUCUACUCCUUCUAAGAUCACUGAUUUCUGGCAAUCAGAAAAGGACUUUUGCAACGCAUUUGGUGGUGCUUCAAGUGAUGGACAUGUCUGUUUUGAAGGUGGUCAGAUUUCACUUAAUAUGACUCAAGCUGAGCCACCUCCUCAAGGUCUUUGCGUCGAGAAAAUCGGCAAUGGUAGUUACCUGAAUAUGGUUGCUCAUCCUGAUGGUUCUAACCGAGUUUUUGUGUCUAGCCAAGAUGGGAAGAUAUGGCUGGCUACAGUACCAAAAGUGAGAUCUGGCAGCACAUUGGAACUUGAUGUUUCUAGCCCCUUUUUAGAUAUAAGUGAUAUACUUCACUUUGAUGCACAGUUUGGACUUAUGGGCCUUGCAUUUCAUCCCAAUUUUGUGAACAAUGGUCGUUUCUUUGUGUCAUUUAAUUGUGAUAAGACUCAGUGGUCGGGCUGUGUUGGUAGGUGUUCCUGUAAUUCUGAUGUCAACUGUGAUCCUACAAAGCUGGGUUCUGAUGGCGGUUCUGCCCCAUGCCAGUAUCACAGUGUAAUUGUAGAAUAUACUGCUAAUGGGACUUCAACCACACCUUCCCAGGCAACAACUGCCAAUCCAUCUGAGAUGAGAAGAAUAUUUACAAUGGGUCUUCCUUACACGUCUCAUCAUGGAGGUCAGAUUCUUUUUGGGCCUGAAGAUGGAUAUUUAUAUUUUAUGAUGGGUGAUGGUGGUAACAGAGGUGAUCCUUUCAAUUUUGCUCAAAAUAAGAUGUCAUUACUUGGAAAAAUCAUGCGACUUGACGUGGAUAAGAUGCCAAGUGCUACAGAAAUAGAUGACCUACGGCUUUGGGGAAACUAUUCUAUUCCGAAAGAUAAUCCAUUUUCUCAAGAUAAUAAAUCGCAACCUGAAAUUUGGGCAUUGGGCUUGAGAAAUCCUUGGCGGUGCAGUUUUGAUUUGGAACGACCGUCUUACUUUGUCUGUGCGGAUGUUGGGCAGGAAUUCUAUGAAGAGGUUGAUUUAAUAACCAAAGGGGGGAACUAUGGGUGGCGUGUUUAUGAGGGCUACGGUCUUUUUACUCCCAUUUGGUCUCCUGGAGGGAACACUAGUACAAGGUCCAUAAACGCUAUCUUCCCAGUAAUGGGUUAUAAUCACUCCGCUGUAAACAUUCAUGAAGGAUCUGCUUCAAUCAUUGGUGGCUACUUUUACAGGUCCACUUCGGACCCUUGCAUGAAUGGAAGGUAUCUGUAUGCUGAUCUAUACGCGGGUGCUUUGUGGGCUGGUCUUGAAAAUCCAACAGAUAGUGGAAAUUUCAAUAGCGCCUUGAUCCCCUUCAAUUGUGCGAGUGAUUCUCCCAUCCCGUGCACUUACGUGCCGGCGAGCACUCUUCCUGCUUUGAACUACAUUUUCUCAUUUGGGGAGGACAAUAGUAAGGACCUCUACCUUCUGGCUGCUAAUGGUGUUUACAGGGUUGUUGCCCCAAGCCGCUGCAAUUAUACAUGCUCCAAAGAGGUCGUUACUCCAGUUGGGUCUUUGGCCCCCUCUCCUUCUCCAUCAUCAGCACAUUUAUUGUUUGUCCCUUUGAAGAAAUUGUGUCUACUGCUACUUGUGUCUCCUCUUCUGCUAUGGUAGAGAGAUGGAUUUUAAUGUUUACACGUGCAUGAUGGUCCUGCAAUACAAUUUCCUGGAGAUUUGAGCUUUUUUUGUGUGCUGUAGUGAAAGGACUGUUAAUUUCCAAGGCAUAUUUUGUGACCGCCUUUGCUCGAGGACCUUGUAUGUAACAUCUGGUGCCAUUUGCUAUUUGAGAAAUGUAUGUUUCCACUGUAUUUAUGACCA